GCGGCUUAAAGAAGGCCAGCGCUACCCACUUAAGUGAUACAAUGGUAGUUGUAUUGAACGGAUAUAAUGGAUGGACUGUUAGUUUCGCGAAUCAUGCCCUGAAGCUAGAUAAAGCUGCUGAUGCGAAUGCUAUUGUUUCUGCACUGGCUUCCAAUUUAAAUGCCGAGUGUUUGAAUCUCAGCGGAAAUACACUUGGGAUAGACGCAGCUAGACCUAUCGGUAUUGCUUUAGAAAAGAAUCGCUUCAUUAAGCGUUGCUUGUUUAACGAUCUAUUUACAGGUGAGGGCCCUUAUUGUCUGAAAAUGUAUAAAAUCAAAAUUGUGACGUGAAUAUUUUAAAAAAUUUCAGGUCUCAACUGUCAUCUCACGCUGUUUUUUAAUAAAGACCUACUGCUAGGAACUGGUCAUCUAAGUCUUUCUGUAGCCGAGGUUUGCGCGCUGAAUCAUCUGUUUUUAAGACCGCACUUGUAUGUUGUAGAAUUCGAUAUUUAUGCGAAAUGCCCAAUCCAGUAAUGUAAAACAAAAGGAAAAGCUUUAGCUUUGUGCCGAUCAAGUUGAUUAGACUAUGUGUUAUUACUUACAGUCACUUUAGGAACGAUUACUAUGCUAGCCAACGUAUGAUGUUCAGUGAAAGGCAAGUCACUCGAUAAGGUUGGUGUUGGCAAAUGUCAGUUUAUAUCUUAAUGACGUAGGACAGAAAUUUAAAUAGGAUUGUUCUGACAAAGGCCGUUUCAAUUUUUCUGAGCAGUAGCUUGGAGAUUAAAGCACUCGACUCUCAAGGGUCGUCCCAAACUAUUCACUUCAAUGGCACGUGAAAGUAUACACCUUGUACAUUUCUAUCAUUCACUAAACUAAAUGUGUGUUUUUCAUAUUUGGACAUUUCCUGAUAAAUCGUCUUAAGUCCGUAGUAUUGGUUUUUCCUCCGUUUUCUUAAAUGUGGCUCGAAAUCAGUCUCGUUGGCCUAGAUAUAUUCAUAUUUUAAUUAUUACUUUGGGUAUUGUGUUCAAAUAUUACUUCACUCAUCUUUUCGCUGAAUAUAUCUCUUUAAAAACCGUACUUGAGCUUGGUCGACAAUGCUAUUAUUCCAAUUUAUUUGGUAUUAGUCGUGUUAAUUUCAUCCCACCAUGCUGAUGCAGUUUGGCAACUUAAACCGAUUCAUAUUUUUGUCAGAUCCUGUGUUAUGAAUAACUAGCUGAUUGUCAUUCCUAAAACUUAUCAAAGUUGCUGGAUACAGCGAAAAACGCUGUAAUUCAUUAUUUGGAGUACUGAAUACUGGGACGUAGAUUACUAAACUAAAUAACAUAAGAGUAUGGGCUCAUUCUUCUAACCAUUGUGGUACACAUGCAUACAAAAAUCUGCCAAUCUAACUAGUUUAGUUGUUCGUCUUAACGAGCUUGCAUAUCUGCUCUUGCUACCUUAGAUGUUUUUAUCCCCUACAUGUAAAGGAGCUAGAUACUUACAACAAUUAGUCAGUUAGUCAGUCAGUAACAACCUACAGAUCGAUUUAUUCCAAUCGCCUAUGACAUUUUGUUAUAUUUCUUUUGUGUCACCAUUUUCUUGUUAAGGAAUGUUAGGAGAUUAAAUUAUUGUCUUACAAUACGCAGAUAAGGUAGUUAUGUUUCGUGAAGGCACCGCGAAAAUGUGGCCUCCUAAUCGCCUCGAGCGGCAAUGCAAGCAUUUUUAAAGUCCAACUUUCUCCCUUUGAAUGCAAAAUGUAGCUCCAAAACUUUCAUUCUUCAACGGCGUCACUAAUAAUUGUGUGUAUAGUUAUCGCGUCAACCAGUUUGCUUAUCUUUAGAGUCUUGUCAGUACUGGUGAGUUUGUAACCAAUAAAAUCUCGACACGGACACAGAAAGCUCAGUCGGAUUUUACCAAAUUGUGACGUUGAUGUGGGUCCGUAUAGAAACCAAAGGACAAGUUUGUCUAUGUGGAUAAAACAGAGUCUAAAGAUAGAGAAUGUCCGUCUUUCAUCUUAACAGAAUUCUCCAAUCAGCUCUAUCAUGAACACUCCUUUCCAGUUGCUUCCAGCUGCUGUUCAUUCUUUUCAUGUCUGCUUCCAACUAUGUACGCAGUGUGCCCUUUGGCCUUCCAAGUUUCCGUUUCCCUUCAGGAUUCUAAAUCGGUGCUUGCUUCGUGAUGCAGUUUGGCCAUUUCCUCAAUGUGUGUCCUAUCCACUUCCAACGUCGUUCCCUAAUGUCCUCUUCCGUUGGAAGCUGGUUUGUUCUCUUCCACAGUAGGGUUGUUGCUGAUGAUAUCUGACCAACAGACACUGAGUAUCUUGUGUAGACAAUUGUUUAUAAAUACUUGUACCCUUUUGAUGAUGGUUGUAGUAGUUCUGGAAGUUUCAUCUCCAUACAGUAGAACCGUCUUGACGUUUGUAUUGAGGAUUCUGACUUUGAUAUUGGUUGACAGUUGAUUUGAGUUUAAUAUGUUCACUGGCAGUAGCGAUGUGGCCCUUGCUUUGCCGAUCCUUUCCUUCACAUCUGCAUCAGAUCCUUCUUGUUUAUUGAUGAUGCUGUCCAGGUAGGUACGUGAAAGCUCCCAACCCUAGUGGAGCUUUCUCACCAAGUGUGAUUUGGUUGGUGCUGUUCCAGUUGCAUUUGAGGAUCUUGGUUUUUCCUUUGUGCAUAUUAAGACCUGCUAGUGCACAGAUCUCUACUACACUGAUUGUCUUGACCUGCAUUUGUUGGUGUGUGUGGGAUGGAAGAGCUAUGUCAUCUGCGUAGUCCAAAUUAUCUAGAUGCAUUCAAGUUGUCCAUUGCAUUGUGUGCUUCCUCUGAGAUGUGGAGGUCUUCAUAAUCCAGCCGACCAGUAGAUGAAGUAGGAAGGGCGAGAGUAAGUAACCCUGUCUGACUCCGAUCUUCGCUUGAGAUGCAUCUGUCAGCCUUACUCCAUUCACGACUUUGAGGUGUUGUCCGUCGUAUGGAUUCCGGAUGAUGUCGACGAUUUUCUCAUCUACUCACUUUAUAGUAUCGAAGAAGAUUCCAUAAGGUUCUCAUAUCCACACUGUCAAACGCCUUAUAAUCAAGGAAGUUGAUGUACGGUGACGAGUUCCAUGCAAUCGGUUGUUCAACGAUGAUCCGUGAUGUCACGACUUAGUUUGUGCACGACCGAUAGAGAUUUACAUCCAACAUGUAAUACAAAGAGAAUGUCACUAAUGGUUUACGUGGCAUUAACUAAUCAAAAUGGCAUGGCUCGUCUAUGCCGGAGUGGUCACUCUAUAUAACCUAUUGCUUUUUGAAUUAAAUAAAUUACUCUUCGCCGAUCCUAAAUGUGAUCUUCAGAAGUGCUUAACGUCACAUUGUCACGAUAGGACUCUUCAGUGUAGAAUAUGAUGUGACCUCCAUGUAAGGUAUUGUGGCUUAGAUAAUCACAUGACAAAUCUGUAACUUGGAACCUGUUGCUGAGACCUAUCUUGAAUUCGUUGAGUUUGUCAGUAUCUCUAAGGAAAAUCGUGCUGAACCUUUGUAAUAUUGUUUCUCUAGUUGUACAGUGUUUCUUUAGUUUCAGUUCCAUCUUGGCCACAACCAGGUGGUGAUCUGAAGCUGUCAGCUCCUCUCUUUGUUCUCACGUCCUCCAUUGACCUUCUGAAUUUUUUUAGUGAUGCGAAUAUGAUCGACCUGGUUCUGUGUAGUGUGAUCCGGUGAGACCCACGUAGCUUUGUGUAUGUUAGUGGCGGAGUGUAGUAAUGCCACCUAUCACCAUUUUGUUGAAUACACAUGAAUUUACAAAUCUGUCAGCAUUCUCGUUCCUUUCUCCCAGUCGGUCAAUGUCGUGCCAUGAUAGCUUCAUACUCGGUGUUGUCCAUUCCGACGUCGGCAUCUAGGUCUCCCCAUCAGGAUGGUCAGGUCCCUUCCUGAACAUUUCGCUAUGAUCAUUUUCUGCCUCUCAUAAAACUGAUCUUUAUCGUCUUCAUUGCUAUUAUUGGUGGGUGCAUAGCACUGGAUGACAUUGUGAUUCCUUCCUUCUUUGUCUUAAAGGAUGCUCUGACGAUUCUGGAUUCAUGAGAUUCGCAUCCCGUAAGUGAUCUUUGUGCUUCUUUGAAUAGUAUCAGUUCAACUCCUUGCGCAUAGGAGACGUUUUCUUCCUCAUGAUUAGAGUGCAACAUCAUCUCUCCCGAAUCUAAUCUUUUCAGUGCAGCUUGGAUUUAGUGGGUCUCAUUUAUUUCUUUCACCACCAGGUUAUGUUUCCUCAUUUUCCCAGCUAAUUGACUGAUCCUCCCAGCCUCCCACAUUGUUCAGACAUUCUAUUUACUUAUAUUAAUUACUCUGGUUGUUAGAAGGGAUCCAAGUCUUGUGACUUCUGAGAGAUGUCGACUUUCACUAUGAGGUUUCAUAACUCUUUCACAUGAAGAUUUUUUACCUGCUGACUUGAAGUUUAAAUGGUUUAAAUGAUUUUUUUCCUGGUUAGUGUUCUUUAACAAUGUUGUGAAGAUUGGUGAGUCAGUGUGCUAUGGUAACUUAAAGCCGAGAACAUGUGAGGUACUAUGCUGCAUAUUAUUGACUGACUGAUGCCAGUUUUCUACGCAAAAAAUCAAACCGUGGUCUUGGUCAACAAAAACUCCAUACAAACUGGACCUCUCACUCUAGUUAGUGGAUAGGAAAAAGAAGAUUGGACAGUCUUGUUCACCAUAUUAGAGUUGAAGUUGCAAAGGUACUGCUUAGUCCAUGAACGUAUCACUAAUACUCAAGUAAUCCCUGUUUCACCAGUCACUUUUUUGGCAAGAUUCUCUUAAAUUUUAAUUAAUAAGUAGUAAAUUCUUGAAAAAUGAUUACAUCAAAAGCAACAGCUCUUCACUCACCGAUUAUUACCUCCAAGUCAAAAAACAGGAAAGUUGAUAUAGAUGGGAAAUUGUACCAAAUUCUCAAGUCACUAUCUAUCAACCGAGGUUAAAACCACAUUCUUGUGUUCAACAACUAUAAGUAUCACUAAUUAGUAUUGUUGACUAUGUGUGGCGCAUACAUAUUUGGUGCCCCCUUGUACCAAUAUUUAUGUGUUCAGGUAAAUAAUUAAUAAAUAAAUAAUAAUUGUAGACUAUUUCUUGUGACCAACAACUAAUUCCAGUGGAAAUAUAGUGAAUAUAUUUAAAUACGUAGUAAUUAUGACAUCCGUAUAUCUUAACAAAUUUUAAAAGUAACUUUCGUUACAGUUCUCCAUGUAAAUAUCACUAUUACCAUUCAUUUUGACAAUUUUAAAUAAAUGUAACGUUGUAUAUUUUGUUUAUGAUAUAAGUAACAUGUUUUUGUACGUAAUCAAUAGAAAAUUUAAUCUCCAACAUGUAACCACUCUGAGUCUCUUUUUAAAAGAAUAAACAACUUUUAUUAUUUAAGGUUUCUCCUAAUAAUUAUUAUAACAAAUUGAACCAACUUAUCAAUGAAUAAAAGCGAGUUUAAGCAUAGCGCUUUUGUUAUUUGUUGCGAAAAUUAGACAGACAUCAACAAGGAGCCCGGUACACAUCUACGUUGACCCGAGUUGCCAUAUCACAAUAGCACGUCGAGAUGGAAAUAACCUUUAGUUUACUUACUCAAACUCUUGUUCCACAGCCGUUAGUAAAACAAAGGGGGUUGCUGCGCGGUAUACGUCCUUCGUGUGGAAGACGACCAUCUUGUGAAAAUAACUGUGUGUAGGAUGAUCCCCACAUAUUGUAGUGUAUUUGUGAGUUAAUCUGUACCAUGCUUUGAUUGCUUUAUGUGUGAUAUUUUGGAUACAAAUUCCAGGUUAGUAAGAUAAUGAAACAUUCCUUCUCAUUUUGCCUAAUAGUAUUCAGCACAAAGCACUUUAACUGCUCAUCAUUGCUUAUAGGUGAAUAAAUAUUUUCGAAUGGUUCGAUUUUUUAACGUGGUUAGUUAUUUAUUAUGGCGUGCACAGCUGUUGUUGAUUUAGUCGGUAGAUCUCCAAUCUCGUCAAGCACAUAUUAAGGUCCUCUUAUAUAGUAUAGGUUCCCUUCAACACGAAUUAGGAUUUUACGAGAUAACUCUUCAAAAUAGAAUUUAUCCCAACUCCUGUAGUCAGUAUUGCUUUGGAAUAAAUGAAAAUUCAGUUUUCUUCCUGUAUGAUGUCCUUAUAUGCAAUCUUUCUUUAUAUAUUAGUACCUUUGAAGUAACUACUAUGAAUUUGGUGGUCAUCUUGUUGUGCUAAUGAGGUGUGGGAACGUGGAUCGAUGUGUAUAUGUACCUGAUCCUACGUUAUAACUGAUUGAUUGAUUUACUGUUUUUGAAGUGAUUUUUAAUUCAAUAAGAAAGAUUGGUUAGGCAGUUAUUAUUAUUUAUUAUUUAUUUGAACACAAAUAUUGGUACAAGAGGGCACCAAAUAUAUAUGCGCCACACCAUAUUUGUGUGUGUGUGGGCUGUGAUACUGCCCCGGUGCCCAGGCCGAAGCAGAUGGUUUUCUUAGGGGGCCACACCCCAAGCCUUUGACGUAAAGGUCUGAUCCACAAGGCAGUGGAGCAUCGUGAGGAGAUGCAGUCCCAUGGUAGCCGGUGACCAAAAAUUGGUUCAUACGUCAUUUGUUCCUUCAGGAUACUGAAGCCCACGUGCACUAUUGGUUUGGGAUCCAGUUAGAGCGCCGGACAUUCGCUUCGCUUUUCGUCCUCUCAUUUUCGUAAACAACAGUAGUGCCACGAGAAGGCGGUGAAUAGGACUUCUGGCAGAGGCUGUAUACGCGUGGCCAUGUGAGAGCAUUUUGAGAGGGAGGGAGGGCCCACCCCACUCUCGGCCAUACCAGGGCAUUUGGAGGCCGUAUUGUUCUGCAAUUCUUUUUACUUCUAUUGUAUCUUGACGUUGUUGUUAAACUAAAGUUUCGACUUUUCAAUAAAUAUUAAAGCUUUGCGUUAUAGGACAUAUUCAUUAAUGACCAUUAGAAAGUCAAUUGUAAUACAAGAUGUUUGAUUUAUUCUUUUUAUACAUCUGGAAAUUCUUUAAAGCUCGUUUAAGGACAUUGAAAGCACUGUAUGCUGGGGUAAAUGAAAUCGAAAAAAAGUUUAUCGACACCCUUAAAACUGUUUCGAAGUUGAGCAACGACAUUAACUCUUCCUUUUAGACCUAUAUGCCGUACUACCGUGUAUUGGUCUUUUGUUACUACGAUAUUGCUUGAAAAAAGUAACCUAUUUAUCAAUUCAAGUUAAUGUAUUUAGAUUUAACUUAUAUUUUGUCCACUGAAGUACUUUAACCAGUGAACUACUUUUCCUUAUUGUUUAAGGGUCACUUGAUGAUUUAAGUACUUGGCAUUGAACCAGUAAGUUGCAGCUCCAAACUCUCCAUCACCUAUAUCGAUUUCAGCAUCUGAAUAGUAUCACUAACCGUCUAGCGUUAUGUGGACACAUUCUAUGUUGCUUCACUCGCUUGAAAAUCGGUCUUGAUGAAUGAUUACCUAAAGAACGCCACAUUAUGUUUUGGGGCACCCUAGUGGUAUACAAUCCUUACACAAAUUAAAACAAUCGGAAAUAUAGAUUACCAACUACUUACGUUAUAAAUACUUGUUCAAAAACCUUCAUUUUAUGGUUUGAAAUAAGCUCAUUUUAUAUCGCUUUAUUUUCAUAUGGUUUAGAGCAUUUUACAACUUUAUUAUAAUCUUUAUGUCAUUGAACAACUUAUCUGUAUUGGAAGUUCUCUGUCUAGACAGUUUUAGGCCAUUUAGAUGAUUGCUUAUGAAAACUCAUAUCCCAAUCUAAUUUCUGACCUGUCUAUUCUAAAAGAAUUUUUACAGUCAGAAUUUAUUUAAAGGUUUGCACCUUCAUGCAGUUCGGACAAUGAGUAGGUUUUGUUAAAAACAUAAUCUAGCUGCUGAUAUAUACCGUGUCUCUGAAGUCGAAGGCCCAGUAAAGUACUGCAAAUUCGUUCUCCAUUAGUUGGUUUCAGUGUCGUGUUUCAUGUUCAUCUACCGUAGAACCGUGUAACCGUGAUACAGCCUUUCUGAGCUAAGGUUCUACGCAUUUGAUCAUCAUUGUGUACAAAAGAUUGUUCAGGUUUCCCAGCAACACGAUGUAUUUUUGGUGUUCUCUUAAUACCAGUUCAUCCAUGCUGUAGACAAAUGUUCUAUCAGGGAUGUUAUGUCAAAAUAUCGGGUUCGAAAGUUUUGAUACGCUAUUCACAGAAAAUCCCGGCAACUUCUAUACCAAGCACUAACUGCUAACAACUAGGUUUAGAAGACAGAAACAAUCAGUUUAUGAUACGGUUGUCAGCAGUCGAAGGACAGUUAUGAUAACAGACCAAGAACUUAUUUCUGUAAACCUGCUCAGUUUCAGUCCCCCUUUUUCGUUGUUGUGUUUCAUCGCGUUUUAAAAUUCUUCCUUUCUUUUCACAUAUUGUAAUUUAUUUAUUCAUGAAACUUUAAAAGUCUACUUGUAUUGUGCUACAUUUAGGUCGCCUUAAGUCUGAAAUAGCACCAGCACUAAAGUAUUUGAGUAAUGGUCUUAUGGCUUCUAAGUCUCAAAUAAUUGAAUUGGAUCUCAGUGACAACGCUUUCGGUCCAAAUGGGAUUGUUGGUAUAACUGAUUUACUGGCGAGCAAUACUUGUCACACGCUUGAGGUACUGCGAAUGAACAACCAGGGUCUUGGGCAUGAAGGAUGUCGAUAUCUUGCAGAGGCCUUAGAAAAAGGACGAUGUUUGUCAAAGAAUCAAGGACUACUACUAAAAAUAUUUUCUGGAGGAAGAAAUCGUUUAGAAAAUGUCGGAGCUCAAAUGCUUUCCAAGGUUUUCUGUGAUAUGGGGUCCUUAGAAGAGCUUUCUCUGUAUCAAAAUGGAAUUGGAAUUCAUGGGGUAGACGGUAUUUUGUCAUUGGUGAAAAUAAUCAAAUCUAAUCCAAAUUUACGAGUGUUAAAUUUGUCGGACAAUUCACUUACUCCACGUGGUGCCGAAGCAAUUGCACGUGUCCUACCUUCAGUAGUCAAUCUAGAGGAACUUUAUUUGAGCGAUUGUAUACUCCGAUCAACUGGUGUAAAGGCACUUGCUUCCGCUUUUGAAGAUCCUGACAUCACUCCCAAUUUAAGAGUUUUGAAUCUAACUGGAAACGAAAUCAAACUGUCUGCUGGGAUUAAUUUAAUUCUAUCCUUGGGCAAUAAAUCCCAUUUAGAAUUACUAGACUUGAAUGCUAAUGAAUUCGGUCGCUCUGGUGUUCGAUCAAUAAUUCAAACGCUUGAUUCAGUCGGACUUUUGCACACAUUACCCAAUCCAAACGACAAAGAAGAUUCAUCAAAUAAAUCAGUUACAGAGGAAUCCUAUUUAUGGGCAUUUGACGAAGAUCAAGGUUCAGAUCAAGAGGACGAAGAUGAUGAAACCAACGAAGGAGAGGGGGAAGAGGAUGAUAAUGAAAAUGCAGAAGAUGAUGAUUCUAGAAGAAGUCAAUAUGGAGAUGAUGAUGAUGAACGAGAAAAUCAUACUGAUAUAACUUCAGACCAAAAGGAGAGUUCAGGCGUUAAUUUCAGUUUUCGUGAGGCAUUUUCAAAAAUUGGAACUAUUGGUGGUGGUUGUUUAACCCCACAAAAUGAAAAUAUCCAAAUAAAUAAACCUGGACCUUUUGGUAAACAAUCAUUUGGUUUAUUUUCUGGAAUUUCACCUCAAAACACUGAUACAACAGAUGCCGGUGUGAUUCGUUCAAAACUAUGGCCUUCUUCAGGUUUAGGCAAUUUAUUCAAUUUUGGUGAUAAUGCAAACGCAAAAAGAAAUCUAUUUUCUCCACCAAUUCUAUCGAAUAAGGCUGUUGGUCAAGUUGUUGAUGAAAAGAAAUUAGAUGAGGAUAAACUUAGACAACUUUUAAACGAUGCACUUUGUAAUCCAAAACAAGAAAUGAGUAGAAAUCGUUUGAUCGGUGAGUUAGUUAUUUGGUUACUAUUUCAUUAAUUAGUAUUUAGAUGAGUACAAAACUCAUCCAGCGCUCCUGCAUUUUCAUUUGGUUUCUUAGAUGAUUCAAAGUCGUAACGAAAAAAUGUUGAUAAUUCAGGAGUUAUAGCAGGAAAUGUUUCAACAGGGAUGGCUAAAACAAAUCAUGACUCCUUGUUUGUAGUGUGUUAAAUAUUUGAAAUCGACGUUUGAAACUGUGAGCGGUAUUCAUGCUAAACUCAUCUCCUCAAUAAUACAUUCACUGUGAUUUCUUUUCAAAGUACAAGACCAUUGUCUUCAGACAAAGAAAAGCAAUUUAGUAUUCAUUACAGUUGUCUAUCAAUUUAAGAUGCUUUACUUUAUGUAUUAGUAAACUGAGAUAAAUCUACUCAAAUCUUCUUUCAAUGAUCCUCCUAGCCGUUACCUGGUGAAGACACACUCUAUGUACCAUGUAUUCCGUUUUUAGUAAGUUUUUCGGGUAUAUCACCUACAGUACUGAUAUUGUAGUGAACCAAAACUCAGGUACAGUAGACCAACUUAUUGUUUCAUGCAAAAUUACAGUCUUUGUAAAAUAUGAAAAUCAUACAUUAGGUAAAUCGUUUGCAUAUCUUCCUUGAGUUAUCCCGUGCAUACUCCAUCAUUCUUUUAAUUCUGUUGUUAUUCUGAUCGCUCUCUGUUUUCCUUCCUGUUCUCUUCAAUUCAAUCCUAUGCAGACUUUCUUGGAUCUACUGAAUACUUUAAACAACCACCGAUACAUCCUAUUAUAAUGUUAUGCUCACAAACAGCUUCACCAGAGAAUAUAGUUCGUUUAAGUUUAGCAUUAUCACGUAGUGUUAUAUGUCAAACAAAUUCUGUUUCUGGUGCAAUUAUGCAAUUGGCUAUUGGUUUAUUAGCUUCAGUAUUUACAGAUGUUUAUAAAAAGAAUAGAGAUAAUCAUCGUAUUAGUUGUGCAAUCAAUUGUCUUCUUGUUUAUUUAGGUGCUAUUAAACCGGAAAAAGAUAGUGACGAUUGGGUGGAUUGUUCAUUGACGACUACUACUAAUAAUAAUAAUAGUGUAAAAUUUAAUAUACAGCAUUAUUUACGAUUGACUAAAACAUUGAUCGAUUAUUUCGGACCACAAUUAAUACCAAGUGUAUGUAAUUGUUUAACGGUACUUUUAUCGGAACAACGUAAAAAAGAAAUGCAUUCAGAAUCAUCUUCUAGUCAUGAUAUUCACACAUUGGAUGGUAUUCAUUUACGUGAUGAUAUUAUUAAUUCAUUAGAGAAACAAAUGACUUCAAUGAAUUUGAAGUGUUCAAAAUGAAGAAGAGAAAAUUUUUUUUUUAAAAAAAGAACAACUCAGAAAAGACAAUGAAGAAUUCUUCUUUAUUCUUUGCAUUUCUAACUAGUUUUUAUAUAUAUAGAUUAUGUAUUGAAUUCAAUAGAGAGAUUAAGUAUUAUAGAGUUUAAUGUGAAGAGAACAAAUGAGAUAUAAUUCCUGAUUGUGUAUUUACAUCUACGAGAAAGAAUUACAGUAUAGAACAUUGUAAAAAGAGAUAGUGUAAUAUUGUACAUAAAAUUAAAGUUAAAUAACAAUUCAGUAUUUGUUGUUGUUUAUGCUUACUGUUAUUAAUAUUAUUAUUUUCCUAUCAAUCAAUCAAUCUUCCCUCGAUAAACUGUCAUUGUUUCUGUAAUGAAUUUAUGUAGUCUGAAUAAAUAAUUGUGAUUGUGUUAUUCAUUAUUGUUUUCCAUAUAUUGUGUAAUGGGCACAGUAUGCACAUAUGCCAAUAACAGACUGAUCAAUUGCAUUCUUAAACCUCAAUGGGAAGAUACAAGCCAAACAAUACAAAGUGAAUUCAAAUUCGC